UAACUAAAUUCAUAAUAAUUUAAUCACUUCGCUAUUGACUGCUCGUGUAAGCAAUAAUGGCUCUGAGCUUUUUGUUCUGUUUUUUUCUGGUAUUAGCACUCAGCCCUGUUGAGUCUCGUCAAUUUCGCUACGAUUACAAGUUUAACCAAGAUAUCCAAGGUUGGAUCAAACUGCACCCAGUCCCCUCCACCUGGGCGGACGCAAGGCUGAGAUGUCAUCUCGAAGGUGCCAAUUUAGCUUCACCCCAAAAUCUCAAAUUCGCGACAGUACUAAAGAAUACGUUGAGGAACACUCAUGCUGAACGCACAGGAAUCUUCACGGGCAUCCAUGCGACAUUCUCGAAAGGAGAUUUUCAGUCUAUAGAAGGUAUUCCUUUAACAAAAAUGCCGCUACAAUGGAUGCCUUACGAGCCUGAUAACGAAAACAAUGACGAAAACUGUAUCGUGAUGCAUUCAAAUGGGACAAUCGCUGAUGUCAACUGCAACGAAGUCUUCCCCUACGUUUGCUACAGAAAGAAGUCUAAAAAUGAGGUGUUAACUGAAUGCGGCACUGUUGAUAGUGAUUAUCAUCUGGACCCUCGGACUGGCAGCUGCUACAAGUUCCACUUCAUAGCCCGUAACUGGACCCGCGCUUUCAUGACCUGUGCCGCAGAGGGUGCCUAUCUGGCAAUCAUCAACAAUGAUGCUGAAGCUGAAAUCUUAAAGGACCUGUUCGCGAAACAUCCAGAUGCUGAAUUACGUUUUACCCAUAUCAAGGAUAUUGCAUUCGUGGGUUUCCACAACUGGGGCGAGCGAAAUGUCUGGACCACAAUUCAUGGCCAAUCCCUUGAAAUGGGUUUCAACACUUUUAGUGUUAACCAGCCAGACGGGACCUCUCCUUGGGAUUACUGCGGAGGUUUCUUCAGGACAGGCAAAUUAGAUGACUCCUGGUGCAGCGACAGGAUGGCUUUUAUAUGCGAAAAGUCGAUAGAUAGCCUGUUGGACGAAAGUGAAUAAUUUUUCUGAAAUUAUUAUGUAUUUUCAGUAAUUAUAUC